AUGUUGAAUAGACAGCUAUUAGCAUAUGUUUAUAUUCCUAUUCAACGUGAAUGUGAUAUUUUUGUGAGCAACUGGAAUUCCCACAGAAUCCGUCAUCAGGACGAUCUGUCGCUUCCUACAGGAAUUCCAAAUCACAUAUUUUCCUUCCCUGAGAAGUACGGAGGAAAUCAUUGUGGUAUUCCUGUCACACAAGAUGCGUUAGAAGAAGUGGCAGAAGUUUUGGGCUUACUUGAAGACAACCCAGAAAUUUACAUCCAUGACGAAAGAAUUAAACAUGCGUGUGAACAGUGUUUACCUGAACCAUCGAAAGUUGAUUCAGUCAGUGCAAAAGACGCUUACCUGUUUCUUAAACAAAAUAUUUCUAAUGACAUUAAUUCUAUUAACAGUAACUUCAAUUCGCGUUAA